AUGCCGGCAGAGCUCCAGUCUUGUCUUGGAAGCAACAAAUCCACAACUUGUUCGUUUUCCAUCGAAAGCAUCCUUGGAUUGGACAAGAAAAGGGACUUAAAUUCAGCUGCCAUAAGACCCUACAGGCCCUGGAUGGAUAACUAUUGCAGCAGAGAGGCCGGUACACACUGCUGGCGACUACCUGUCAUCAGCUAUGAAAUACCUCUACAAGUGCACCCGGCGAAACAUGCCACAGAAAAGGACGGGGAUGUUCGGUAUGAAAAGUGCUGCCCAACAAGUGAACGCCUGACUUAUAAAAGAGAACUGAGCUGGUAUCGAGGAAGGAGACCCAGAACUGCAUUCACUAGAAGCCAGAUUGAAGUUCUGGAGAAUGUUUUCCAAGUCAAUUCAUACCCAGGUAUAGACGUCCGAGAGGAACUUGCUAACAAGUUAUCUUUAGAUGAAGACAGAAUCCAGAUCUGGUUUCAAAACCGCCGUGCCAAGCUGAAGAGAUGCCACCGGGAGUCCCAGUUCCUAAUUGUGAAAGAGACACUUACUCCCCAAAUUCAAGAGUAA